AUGACUGACAAUUGGCAAGGUAAUGCAUGGGGCAGUGGUCCUGCUACCACUCCCGCGAAUGAUCAGUGGAACUCAGGUCCUGCUGAUGCUACCGACUGGAACGACGGUGGCGCCGGUAUCAACUCUUUCGAUGAUCCUCCUACUGCCGACGAUACUGGUCCACCUGGUGAUGGCGAUGAAGGCACUGCUCGAGCUCGAGGUGGCUGCUUCAACUGCGGAGAAGAAGGUCACAACAAGGCUGACUGUACCAAACCAAGAGUCUUUACUGGCAUCUGCCGAACGUGCAACCAGGAAGGUCAUCGAGCUUCCGAUUGCCCAUCAAAGCCCAAGUUCUGCAAACAAUGCAUGACGGAGAACGAUCAUGAUACCAUCGAUUGCAAGAACAAGAAAGUUGUCGAUAACUCAUCUAUUCCUGAAGUGAGCGAGAAAGAGGCAUGGGCUAUGGUCAUGGCAGCCUCUGACGAUCUGGAUGUCGAUGACUUCAAAGAAGCUGUCAAGAUCUUGUCCAAAGCCAACCCAGACCUUACUUAUGUACAGAUUGAGAAAGAACUUCGAAAGCGAGGCUCCAAGAUAUUCUUGAUCGGCCUCAAGAAAGAGGUUGCUGUUGCUUACACCAACGUCAGUCUUCAAGGGGACAUCAACAAGACCUAUACUCUCGGCGUGUUCACUAAGACAGAUUCAUGCCCUCGACCCAUCUUGAUGCCUGCUUGGCCAAAGGGUCCCGAACAUAACCUUGCCCGACUUGAGCACACCGGUCUGCCAAUGGAGCGAGGCAUUCAGAUCUGCAACAACUGUGGUGAACCCGGCCACUUGCGAAAGGACUGCGAGCAAGAGCGGGCGCCAGUGGAGGCCAAGAAGAUCAGCUGCGUACUAUGUGAUCAGGAUGGACAUAGAGCUCGAGACUGUCCAGAAGAACGACCCCAGCGAAAAGAGCGCGCUCCAAGAACUUGCCGAGUCUGUAAUUCUGAGGAUCAUAUUGCUGCUGAUUGUCCUGACAAGCCUAAGUCUAUCUGCAACAAUUGUGGCCAAGAGGGACACCGCAAGGCCGAGUGCACCGAUGAACGUGUUAUGAGAUGUCGAAACUGUGAAGCAUUUGGUCAUAGCUCUAGAGAGUGUCCGGAGGAGAAGAACUGGGACAAGGUCACCUGUAGACAUUGUGGUGAGACUGGACAUGCCUCAGAGAGCCGAUGCAAUCCAGAGAAGAAGGCUGCCUUUCAGGCCGCAAAAGCUGCUGAGGAAGGUGCCGACGAUGGCUUUGGCAGCAAUGCUAUCACUGGUGGAAACGAUGAAUGGAAUGUGUCUGGCAAUGAUACCAACAAUGCUGGGUCCGCAACCUGGGAUACUGGUCCUGAACCAAAGCAGCAAGCCAUCACCGCAGGUAGCUGGUAA